UCAUAAAACAUUUCCAAGAUCGAUCGUUAGCCGAGUAAAGAGCUCAGUUUUGCAGAUCGUCUCUGCCAAACUGACGGCGAAGGACUAAAAUGAAGUGGUACGUCGUCGCUUCUCUCCUCACCGUUCUCACCAGCUCUCAGGGGAUUUUAACAACAUUGUCUCAGAGUAAUGGGAAAUACAAAUAUGACUAUGCAACCGUCCCUUUUCUUGCUGAAGUUUUCAAGCUUCUCGUGUCUAGUUUUCUUCUAUGGAGAGAGUGCCAAGGAGUGCCUCCUCCAAAAAUGACUACAGAAUGGAGAAGUGUUCGUUUGUAUCCAAUUCCGUCAAUCAUCUACCUAAUCCAUAACAAUGUACAGUUUGCAACAUUGACUUAUGUUGACACGUCCACGUAUCAAAUUAUGGGCAACUUAAAGAUUGUUACAACGGGAAUUUUGUUCAGGCUGUUUUUGAAGAAGAAGCUGUCUAAUUUGCAGUGGAUGGCAAUUGUGUUAUUGGCUGUUGGAACAACCACAAGCCAGGUGAAAGGAUGCGGAGAGGCUUCCUGUGACUCGCUCUUUUCCUUUCCAAUUCAGGGUUACAUGUUGGGCAUAUUAUCUGCUUGUCUUUCAGCUUUGGCUGGUGUUUACACAGAAUUCUUGAUGAAGAAGAACAAUGACAGCUUAUACUGGCAAAACGUCCAGUUAUAUACGUUUGGCGCGAUAUUCAACAUGGCACGUCUUGUUUUGGACGAUUUUAGAGGUGGCUUUGAGAAAGGACCAUGGUGGCAACGGCUUUUGAAUGGAUAUAGUAUCACAACAUGGUUGGUGGUGUUAAAUUUGGGGUCCACUGGGCUUUUAGUAUCAUGGUUGAUGAAGUAUGCGGACAAUAUUGUAAAGGUAUACUCCACUUCAAUGGCAAUGCUACUAACAAUGGUACUAUCUAUCUUUCUCUUCACUUUUAAGCCAACGCUACAGCUGUUUUUAGGUAUUAUCAUCUGUAUGCUGUCACUGCACAUGUAUUUUGCUCCUGCAAGCAUGCUUGUGGAUUUGCCUUUGACAGCAAAAGCAACUCCUGAAAACUUAGUUGAAGUCUCUGUAGAUCGAAGAACAGAUUCCUGAUGUAUUAUGUGCUUCGAGGCAACAUUUUUUUGUAAUUAGUACAAUGGGAAGAACAUCACAUAAAGAAGACAUAUGGGUUACAUCAACUUGGUUGUGCAUGGUCAGAAACAUCAUUCUGUGGUUUGCAGUCCUUCCUGUCCCUGAGCAAUUGCUUUACCAUUUGUGGCCUGCAAUUUCUGUCAGGAUCUUUCAUUCUUUUGUAACCACCAGAUAUUUUUGGAUGCAAUAAUGCAAGUUCAUAUUUAUGUUUACAUUCAAUGCUGAGAUCUAUUAAUUGUCAAGCGUUUGCUGCCCCAUUAAGCAAAUAUGUGGAUGAUGGCAUGCGAAGGAACAUCUACUUCUUGGUGCAUUGAAUGGCAUGUGGCCCUCAUUUCUACUGUAUCCUUGCCAUAUUCAGCUAUAAACCUUCAAACUGUAUGAAUUAAUAAUGCAUGGCGGAAUGGUCUGCCGUUCAUGUAAGAAACUCUGUAUGUUCUUGAAUUCAAGAGAGACAAACAUCAAUGGCAAUGCAGCAUGAAUAGAUAAAA